AUGAGCUUGUUCAGCAAGGGCCAUCGGGUCCUCUUCGGCCUCUACAUGCUUCUAUGCACGGCCUCUGCAGCCUAUUCCAACUUCACCACGACGUGCGAGGACCCCGUACUGCACACCAGCCGUCUGGGUCAUCUCAGCCUGCUGUCGGCAUCGUGCGUGACGACCACCGGGGCCUUCAACAGCACAAAAAGCACAAACAGCACAAACAACACGGACAGUACGGCCACACCGCUUUUCCACAACAGUACGCUCGACCUCAACCUCUGCCUGGGCAUCGACGCCUCGACGGCGGUGCUUACGUGGUCAAUCUAUGGCAAAUUCUCGCUCUACUGCUCGAGCUGCCAUGUCGUCGGCCGGACGAGCCUGGGCUGCUCGUGUGCGACGUUGAGUGGCGUGAAGGCCAACUCUACGAUUGAUCUAGACUCUGGCAUCUCCAACAGCAAUGGGACGCUGUCUUGUCUAGGAGGCAUCGGGAUGGACAACUAA